CGUCCGCAGCGCAUGUAGUAACAGACAAAUACAAAAUCUUCCAAAACAGUCUCACUCACCGCUCAACUGCAACACAGGGUCCCUCCUUUUUCAGUUUUCUUCAACAAAAACCCAGUAAUCAGACCCUCUUUUCGAGUUCAGGAAUGAAUUCUGGGAGGAAGAAAGAUUGAAUUUUUAUAUGAUUUCAGAUGGAGCUUGGGUGAAAUAUACAGUGGGAGUUUUGUUUGAUGGAAAUGGAGAGGAAAGUCUCCCCAGCAGCUGGGGAAGCCGAGGGGUUUGCUUCUCUGGAAAUCCCCUAUGAUGCAACAGUAGCAGUAGCUGAGAGUGCUGCCAAUUCUGUUGAUCAGAUAGAUCCCGUCACCCCAAGCAAUGGAUCUGCUUUUGAUUCUUUCCAAAGUUUACCAACAGACGUGAUGCCAGCAGAGGAGGAUACAUUUGUUGACUGUCCAGAUGAAAUAGAAACUUUGGAAUCCCAACAGAACUCCGAGGAAAAGGAUAAUCUACAAGAUGAUCUAGCUGAUGGACCAGAUAGUGGAAUCAAAGUCCCUGAAAUGAUAGCUGAGAUAGAACUGCUGCGAGAUAAGCUUGAGAAGAGUGUUUUCGAGAAAGAGCAACUGGCACAAGACUACGAGGGAGAAAGAGCGGUACUUAUGCGUGAACUUUCCAAACUCUGUAACAAGUUGAAGGUGUCGAAUGAGCAGCACCUUGCAGCAGAUGACAAUGCCGAAGGAUUCAUUAAUCAUCAUCAAAACGAAGUGGUAACUUGGGAUGCAACGACUUUGGGAUAUGGUGUCUCUUUGCAUGAGGUUAUAAAUGAGUGCUCUAGAUUGCUUGAAAUUGCUACCAAUGAACGUCAGCAGACCGAGAAGAAAGUGAGUGAGCUCCAUUCUGUAGUAUCUUCAAAACACCAGGAAAUUGAUUUUCUCAAUGCAAAGAUUGCUGACCUAACUGAAUCAAGCAAUUUAGCUACAUCUGCUGCAAAUUCAAAAUAUGAUGAUAUAUCCCAAUUAUAUGAAGCCCAACUUGAGACAGAUCGGCAUAUUGAAGAAACUGCAAACAGGAUUCUAUCAUCCCUGCCCACAGUGGAUCAUCAUGAUGAACUGUGGAACAGGCCUCGCAUUGAAAAGAUUUAUAAUAUCGAGAAUUCUGUCUCAUUUUUGGUGGAAAAGUAUAAUAUUCUAGUUUAUGGAAGUGACCAGCUUAAGGGAUGUUUAAACGAGGUAGGAUUAGAUUUCAGCAACAUUGAUGAAAUCGGAACUUUUGCCUUGGCCAAUGAUAAAAUUCUCGAACUUAGAAGGAAAGAAGAGGAUAUGUACCAGAAACUUAGAAAUUUAGAAAAUGAAAAUAGGAGUUUGGUGGAACAAUUAGAGAAACAAAAUUUAGCUCUUGAACAUGCGCAUGCAGAAAUUCGAAGACUUGGUGCAGAAGUUGAAAAAGAAAAGAACAGGUAUGCAAACACAAAAGAGAAGCUUGGCAUGGCCGCGACUAAGGGAAAGGCAUUGGUACAGCAGAGAGAUUCCCUGAAGCAAUUGUUGCUAGAGAAAACUAGCGAGUUGGAUCGAUGCUCAAUUGAACUGCAAGAGAAGUUUACUGCUCUAGAGUCUCUUGCAGAGAAGGAAAUGGUUCUUCAGAAAUGUGGAGACAUAUUAUCCGAGAGUUUGGAAACUAAGGAACUUCAACCAACAGAUAUCGCUGAGUCGGUCAGAUGGCUUGCAGAUGAGAACAAAUCACUUAAGGAUAUAUCUCUACAGUAUUGUAAACUGAGUGGGACAUUAUCUUCUUUUGAUUUUCCUGAAGCAGUGGCUUCAAGUGAAUUAGAUGUGCGCAUUCAUUGGCUUGCAGAAUCAUCUUACGUGCUUAAAGAAGAAGCUAUGAAGUUACAACAUGAGAUAGCUAAAACAGUAGAGGCUGCAAAUGGGAAGAUCGAGCAACUUACUACAUCACUUUUAGCUGAAAUACAGGAGAAGAAUAUUCUGCAAACCGAACUGGAGGUUUUGAGAAGUGACCAUAAAGCUCUUGAAAGGUCACAAAAUGAGCUAGCUGAAACUAGGCAGGCUGUAAACAAUGAGAUUGAUCGCCUAACAUCAUCUCUUUUGGCAGAAUCACAAGAGAAGAGCCAUCUCCAGUUGGAACUGGAGAACUUGAGACAGAAAUAUGAAGGAGUUGUUGAAAAGGAAUAUCAGAUUUCAUUGGAGAAGGCUGACAUGCAGAAAAUCCUUGAUCAAUUAGAGGCUAGAUGUGCUUUAGUGAAAGAGAAGUUAUCGAUGGCAGCUAAAAAAGGUAAGUGGCUUGUUCAGGAACGGGAAAGCCUGAAAGGUUCUAUAAAUGAAAAGAAUGCAGAAAUCGACAAUUUGAAGUCUGAACUGCAGCAAUCUGUGACCAAAUUUUCUGAAUGCCAGGAUCAGAUCUCUAAGUUGUUAGUUGAUGUGGAGCGUAUAUCCCACUUGGAGAGAGACCUAGUCUCUACCAAGGAACAAAAAGAUCAACUUGAGCAGUUCUUAGCAGAGAGCAACAGUAUGCUACUAAGAUUCACAGAGUCAAUUGAAGGGAUUAGUACUCCGAGUGAUCUCUCCUUCAAUGAGCCUGUAGAAAAGGUAAAAUGGAUUGCUGGAUAUCUUAGUGAAAAUGAAAUUUCAAAGACAAAAAUUGAACAAGAACUGAGGAGUUCACAUGAUGAAGCCAGUUUGUUGGCCAGCAAAUUAUCUGAAGCCCAGGCAGUGAUGAAGUCACUUGAAGAUGCCUUAUUGGUUGUAGAAAAGAGCAGGUCUGAGCUCUUGGAUGAGAAGAAAGAACUUGAGAUUUCCAAGUCUCUUGUGGAGGAGGAGCUACAGAAGGAAAAAGAGAAAGCUUCUUCACAUACAACCAAGUAUGAAGAGCUUUUAGCGAGUACAAAAGCUCUUGAAGAUGCUCUAUCAAUAGCAGAAGAAAAUGUUUCCAGGUUCACGAACGAGAGAGAUGUAGCUGUAGAAGAAAAAUCUCUUGCUGAAGAGCAGUUAAAUAAAUUAAAGGAGGAGCUUUCUGACCACGUUACAAAACUUGGUGAUGCUGACAAAAUUAUUCAGUCCCUUGAAGAUGCGUUGUCUCAGGCACAGAAUAAUGCUUCAGUACUAGCUGAAGAGAACAUUAAAGUUCAAACUGGCCAGGCUGAUUUGGAUGGUGAGAUAAAGAGAAUUAGAGAAGAAACCGACUUGCUUGCUAGCAAGCUCUCUGAAUCCUUUGUAACAAUCCAAUCGCUUGAGGGAAAAUUACUAAAUUCACAGAAUAACAUGGCGGAUCUGGUUCAGAAAAAAGAAAAUGCUGAGAAACAGAUAAAUUCACUUACCUCUAAACUGGAAUCUUGCAUGGAGGAGUUAGCUGGGAACCGAAGUAGCCUACGGAGUCGCACUUUGGAGCUCUCUGGUCAGCUUGACAGUCUUCAAUUACUUCUAAAAGAUGAGACUCUUUCAACCUUGCUUGGGCAAUGUUUCCAGAGAAAAUUUGAGAGCUUAAAGAGCAUAGAUUUUCUACUUAAAGAGAUCUGGGACUGUUCCCUGGAAAUGGACUCUGAAUUGCAGCAAAACAGUCCUGUCAUGAAGGACGAUUCGGCUCUUUCAACUACUUUCCCAUCUAACAUUGAGGUCGCCCUUCCAAACUUGGAAUUGUUGAAUGGUGUGGGAAAUGCCAUUGAUGAUGAGAGCAUGUUUGACAUUGAGAAGAUGGUUAAAAGCUAUCACCUGAGAAGCAAAAUUCUGGCUGAUAAUUUUGAUAAGUUAUCUACACUUUUCGAUGAGUCAAUGGAUGCUACGUUGAGAUGGUUACACUUAAGAAAAGAUAGAGUAGUCAAUGCAAUGAAAUAUACAUGCUCUCUCAAAGAUCAAGUGAAGGACAUUGAAACAGAUAAGAAGAGGCAGGAGGAUACUAUAGCAUCACUGGAAUAUGAUAUCAGAGUUUUGUUGUCUGCUUGUACUGAUGCUACUCAGGGAUUGGAGUUGAAUAUAAAUGAAGCUGUGUCCAAGCUGAGAUCUAUCGAUAAAUUGGUAAACCUAGACAGCAGAUUGUCCAUGGAUUUGGAAGCAGUCAACGAUGAUGGAGACAUAGCACUUUCUACUGAUCAUGUGAAGAAGGCUCAAAAGCUACUACUUGCUGCAAGACGGAAUCAAGAUCUUGGUAUCGUGUUUCAGGAUGCUAUAAGUAAGUUGGUGAAUAUUACCGAGAAUAUGCAGAACAAACUGAAAGAAACUCAGCUGGCUUCUGAUGAGAUCUUGGAAGAAAGAGAUGCAUACAAAGACAAAAUCUGGAAACUGGAAACUGAUCUGAAAGAACAGCAGAACUUGCAACAUGAGAUUACUAUCGAACUAGAAGAUAUGCGGAGCAAACUGAAAGAAGCGCAAGUAAAUUGUGAUGAAGCCUUGGAGGAAAGAGAUCUAUACAAGGAAAAAAUAUGGAAAUCGGAGGCUGAUCUGAAAGCACAGCAAGAAGAAAUCAAUGAAAUGGCAAUUAAGCUAGAAGAUCAGAUGAAAAAAGAGGAUGAACUGAGGAAAAGAGAAGCAGAGUUGUCUAUUUCGUUCUCCAAAUUUCACGAACUGGAGGAGACUUUAUCGGCAUCUCAAGUUAAAUCCAUUAUUGAUAAAGUAAAACUGGUUAAUGUUCCUGACGCUGCGUUUGCCUUUGGAGAUUCAGAUAAUUCAACCAAUGUAAGAAAGCUGUUCUAUGUCGUAGAUAGUUUUAGUGACUAUAUGGAGCAGGCAAGCUUGCUAUCUCAUCAGAAUGGAGAGCUUCACUCAACCAUUGAUAAGCAGAUUCUCGACAUAGAACAGCUGAAGAGGCAAGUCGAAGAGUACGUAGCCAACGAGAAAAAUUUCGAAAAGCUGGACAAGUUGUUAGAGCUUGAAUCAGGUUUACAGCUUAUUGCAAAGAAGCUGGGAGCUGGUGAUGUGAUGAAUGAUUCCAAAGUAAAUGGGGCAUUAUGGCUCCUUCCCUUGCUCGAAAAACUAGUUGCAGAUGUGAUGCACGAGUCUGAAUCUCUGAAACUUAAAAAUGAAGACCUUGGUGCCAAAUUGCUUGGGGCCCAAAAGGCUGUGGAUGAUUUGUCAAACAAGGUUAAAUUACUAGAAGACAUUGAUAAAUCCAGAGCCAUUCUACCAGAGAUAGACCAGGAAAGAAGAACAUCUGUAGCUUCCUUGUCUACUCAGACGGAGAUAUCAGAAAUGCAAGACGUGGCAGCACUCGCCAAGAGCAACAACAUUCCUUCUGUUUCAUCUGCUGCCCACGUGCGUUCGUUGAGGAAGGCUUCAAAUGAUUACCUUGCUAUCAAUAUUGAGUCUGAGGCCGAAAGGUUGAUUAAUGAUAAGGGACUCAAUGAUGAUAAAGGUCAAGCAUUCAAGCCACUGGUUACUUCUGGUAUGAUUCCUAGACAGGGAAAAACAUUUGCAGAUCGAGUUGAUGGAAUCUGGAUGAAUGGGAGCGAGCUUUGAUGAGUCAUCCGAGAGGGAGGCUUGGAGUCAUUGCUUAUUGGGUGCUCUUGCAUAUCUGGUUAGUAGCCACCAUAUUGUGACCAGCAAUCCUUACAACACUGGUUGUAGAGCAGUAGGGUUUAGUGAAGCUUAUAAUUUAUACUCUUUCCUACUUGUACAUGCAAAUGUAAAUCUUCCAUCACUCUCCCAAUAUGUUUCUCUGCAAUCUAAUAUUAGGGAUUCAGAGAAGUUGGCACACAAAACGGUUCUAGAAUAAAUUUGGUGUCACGCAGUUUCACUGAUUUAUUUAAUACUCCAUCACAUUCCAACGCCA